UGAAAAAGAAGAUUUCUACUAAAUCUGGCCAUACCCAGUUUCAUUAUAUUUUUAGUAUCUAUGGAAAUUUCAACUCAAAUGAUAGGUACACUGAAAUUAUCGUACAAAACGCUAUUAUCGUACUUGCGGUAUCGUACAUAGUACCGAGUAGCAAAUUAUCGUACAAAACGAUAAUUAUCGUACGAACGGCAACGCUGGUCUGUGCUAUUACCUUCCAAUUAGGGAUGCGCCGAAGCAUCGAUUCGGCUUCGGUAUCCGGCCGCUUCGGUCUACUUUUCAAUUAUUCGGAUUCGCUUCGGCCGAAGCAGUUGUUCGAUUCGGCCGAAGCGACGAGAUACAAUUUCGUGUUGAGACUCGCUCAUAUCGAAUGCAUCAGACCAGACGCCAUUUGAUUGUGCUUUCAUUUCGCGUUUGAAGUUCGAAGGGAGCGGUAGUUGUACAAACUUACGAGUAAAAUGUCUAAAAAGAAUAGUGAUAUUUGGAAAUAUUAUUUGUUAUGUGAUGACAAUAAAUAUGCGCGAUGCAUUAACUGUAAUUCUGACAUAUCUAGGGGUGGUGUUGGUAAAAGUGCUAGUACAACAUCUAUGAUAAAUCAUCUCAAGAGAAAGCACUGUGAUGAAUAUCAAAAGUUCCAAGCUGAAGAUUGCAAGAAGAAAUGGAAAAAUUUGAAAGAUUGCUAUAGAAAAGCAAGAGCCAAAAGACAAACUAAAAAUGGAGAUCCUUCCGAAUCAAUCACAAGAAAAUGGCGAUAUGAGGAUGAAAUGAGCUUUCUCCUUCCAAAUGCGAAGGAAAAACAACAGAAACCAAACAUCGAUAUAUCAACAGACGAAAUAAAAAUCGAACAGCAUGAAAUUGAAGAUAAUGAAGAAAAUGGGGAUGUUGAUUGUAGUCAAGAUGAAAUGGAUGAAAGAGAAAUUUCGUCGCCUACCCUAAAAAUUCAAGCACAGUCUGGUUCUUCCAACACGUCGAACACAUUCAAACGAAAACGCCAGCCAAAACCAGAGUGGUCACAAGCAUUUUCAGAAAACGAAGAAAAACGACGAAGGGUUGACCAUUUGAGGAAAUUCUUCGAAUCUGCCGAGGAAACUACGAGAUGUUUGCCUGUUGAGUACCAAGUCGAAGUGAAACAUCGAAUUUCAUUGUUGCUGUAUGAAUUCGAGGUAAAAGCUCUGGAUUAUGGUGAAUCAAGCUCUCACCAUGCAUCUAACGAAUAGUGACACUAAAAUUGUUCUCCUUUGGAUGCCAUAAAAGCAGGUGUGCCGCAGGGUAGCGUAUUGGACCUUAUUAUAUUUAUUUUUAUAAAAAUGACUUACCAUUACGGAAAGUGAAAGUAUAGUAUGAGUUAUAGAACCAAUGUCUGUGUUAAUAAGAGAGUGGUUCAUCAAUAAAAG